AGCGCAGGGACUUUUAUUUUGAAAGGCCCGAGGGCAAGAAAGGAAGACUGUCGGGAGCGCGCUUUGCUCUUGCGUAGCGUGAUCGCGCCCGAGCGCUGAUCUCGGUGUGACAGCUCAGCGCUGUCCACGUCAACACACCGAGCGAGAGAGCGAGCAGCGAUGGACUCCACGUCUCCGGAACCUUCUCUCUACACAGUGAAAGCUGUUUUUAUCCUGGACAAUGAUGGCAACAGACUUUUGUCAAAGUACUAUGACCCUGAGCUCUACCCCUCCAUGAAGGAACAGAAGAACUUUGAGAGCAACAUUUUCAACAAGACUCACAAAGCAGACAAUGAGAUAGCGUUCCUGGAGGGGAUGACCAUCGUCUAUAAGAGCAGUAUAGAUCUCUUCUUCUACGUGGCGGGAAGUGCUCAGGAGAAUGAGCUGAUGCUGAUGUCCGUACUGAACUGCCUGUUUGAGUCCCUCAGCCAGAUCCUCAGGAAAAAUGUGGAGCGGAGGUGUUUACUGGACAACAUGGAGGGAGUGUUAUUGGUUGUGGAUGAAAUUAUUGAUGGCGGUGUGAUUAUGGAGAGUGACCCGCAGCAGGUCCUACAGAAGGUCAACUACAGGGCGGACGAAAACCCAUUAUCGGAACAAAGCGUGGCCCAGCACAUAACAGAGAAGCUGGCUCUGACCACUAACGUUCUGCAGUCGGCCAAGGAGCAAAUCAAAUGGUCCAUCCUGAAAUGACACGUUCUAAUUCUUCUGUAAAUCUAAGAGCAAAGGAAGGUGGCUACAAGCCUUUUAGCCGAGAGGCUGCUUAUAGCAUUAACCAGCCAGUAGUAGACAUUUUUCUAUGUGUUUUGGCCUUUUGUUACAUUGUGUUUGACAUGUAUUAAUUUAUUUGGUUUGAGAGAGUUAUGUUAGUUCAUACUCUUGUAGAUUUGUCAUUUGAUGGGCCAAAGGAUACCAAGGAAGGGAUGGAGAAGACUUGGGUCCAGCUGUAAAGUUUGGUUAGUGAUCAAUAACUUUUAUUUUGAAGGGUCAGGAUCUGAUACUCCUGUUAUCUCAAAACUGAAUUGACUGUUGCAUUUUUUCUUCAAUAAUUUAUCUUUUUUAAUGAAAUGUUCAACUUUUCCCCCAAAUGUUAUAAUCUAUCUAAGGAAAAAAAGAUUCCUUAGUAGAUACUGGAAAAAGUUAAAUAUCACACAACAAGAAAAAGGUGUUUUGAACCAUGUAUUUUAACAAAAUAUAAGUUAAAAUCACAUACUGAUGUUUAUUGUGCACUGAAUCGCUCAGUUUAAGAACGUUUAUUUUAUAAAGCUUAUUAAAGGAAUUUAAUGAAGCGUUAUGACACUAAAGAAAUGUUAGCACUGUCCGUCAGUCCUUUAUUUUUAAUAAAGUUUAAUUCUUAUGAAGGUAAAUAAGGAUCCAAACAUAUAAUUGAUAUUAAUAGUCAAAGGGACGUUGAAGGUUGUUAAAUAAUGCAGAUAAUUUUAUGGACAGAGUUAUAAAGAAUAUAAUGUGUAUUUUCUGAGAGCUAACUAUUAAAUAUUUUCUUAGUUAAAAAAGCCAAAGACAUUUUGUUUACAUUUGGAUGUUAUGAGACUGACGAUUAAUAAAACAUUUGUCCUCUUUCAAA